CCGAGUCAGGUUGUCUACCGUUGGUUUGUUUGUUUUCAUUCGUAGAUCUCGAAACAUCGGGAUGACGCUUGACAGCACAAGGCGGUGGAAAAUCCUCUUCGAGGUGCUCAUUGUUUGUUCAGUGUUAACGUUUCUAAUAUUAAUGGAAUACGGGAUACUUCCUGAGAUCCAGAGUAUUGGAUUUUAUUGUGGUGAUCCGAAGAUUUCUCAUAAAUACACCGGCGAUACUGUGACGCUGAAGAUGCUUCUGUCUUCCACUCUUCUUCUACCAUUGUUCGCUAUGUGUGGAGUUGAGUACACUUGCUACUCAGUGCGUAGAGUCGGCGCAACUAGGUGGUCUUGGUUCUACCAAUCAAUGGCUUGGUACCGGGAGUACCUGUCCGGCCUACUCAUUGUCUUCUUCCUCACUUGCGUUGGAAAAGUAUUAGUCGGAGAGCCAAGGCCUCAUUUUCUAGACACCUGCAAACCGUUCCAGGCCUUCAACUGUACCUCUGGCUAUAUCUCAAGCUACACAUGCACCAACCUUGAAGUGAGCCACAUCAAACUGAGGGAUGCAAGCAAAUCAUUCCCCUCGGGUCAUGCGUCUUUGUCUGUCUACUCAUUCAUGUUUUGUGCUUGGUAUCUACAACAGAGGCUAGUAGGUGUCAGUUCCCUAGUAGUCGCCUGGUUACAGGUCAUGUUCCUCACCUGGGCGUUGGUAUGUUCCAUCACCAGGAUCACGGACCGCCGUCACCAUUGGUGGGACGCUCUGGCAGGCGCAGUGCUUGGAGGCUGUCUCGGAGUGUACACGGUUUUGCACUUCUGUUGCAAUUUCCAAGUUGGAAGCUACAGGAAUCUAAACGCCACAGUAACUACAAAGACUCCAGAGAAAGGUGGCAACACACUGUUCAAGCCGAAUGCUUCCGGCAGACGACUUUUGACCACACCCUCCGAUGCUUCUCAGGGUCUUGCAGACGUCACUUGUCCAGCCUACAGACAUACUGGACCGAGCUGAAUAUCUCUAGAGGGUUGAACUUUCUAACCUAACCUACGUAUUGCCUCAAGCUUUGUUAUUGAGGUUACGUUAAUGUGGUUACUCAAGUUCUACAUAGUCAAUAUCACAUAAUACAAAAGAAAGUAUAACAUGUUAUGAAAGUAUGUUAUGAAAGUAUGUUAUGAAGUAUGUUUAUGACAUACUUUUCAUAGGCUGCCAUGACUUGGAAAAAUAGUACAUUUUACGACUGGUUAUAAAGUGACUCUUUUCAACACUAACUUAAAUUUAACAACCGAUACGAAGCUGGGAUCGAGAAUACAAGCGAAGGUUAAGAAGACUAGUUUGGUCCUGUGUUAAACUUUGUUUGCUAUAGAUAUAAGAACUACUUAAGCCCCACUACAUACGCGUAUAUUGAAAACAGUCGCUUUAUUACAGUUUACAUUUCUCAAGUUUUCACAAGAUUACACAAUCGGAUUCUAAAUCCUAAAUGUUGUUUAAAACUUGAAACCAAUCACCAUGGGAAAUGGCUCCAAUAAUUUCUUAGUCUCACCAUCACCACCAAUGAACUGAAUUUCAAACAAAGCAUCGCCAUAUUAGAGUUUAGAUGACGGUAGGAUCAUGCAUACUUUAAAAUUAAUUGUCAACCCUUAAAUCUUGAAAAAACUUUCACAUAAGUUGCAAAUAUUCAGGUUUAUUUUUGUUUUAUUUUAUUUAAAUUCAAGAUCAAAAGUAAAAUUUAGUUAGAGGUUAAUAAUAAUCUAGGAAAGUAGUAUCAUUGACUAUUGGAAAGGUAGUAUGAUUAAGUUGAAAAAAAGUUAACUAGCCUAUUCUUUCUUUAAUUUAUUUAGAUUUGUAAUAGCUUUAUAGUCUGUUAAUGUGUUCUAGAGUAUUAAGUGUCAAAUAUGUAUAUAAUUUACCUAUACACAAAACUAUUGCCGUUUUGAAAUUCUGACUAACAUUUUCAUUGGGGUGUUCUACUUUUGUUACACAAUACUAGAACAAAUGCAAUAAUUACAAAUAAAUUUCUUCUCAUUAUAAUUUUAAUGGGACUCUUGGUAGAUUAGUAACAAAAGCAAUGGUUUUUUUGUGUAUAUAAAUAUAUUUGUAAACAAGUUAAUUUUAUAUGAGGUGUGUUUUUUAAGUAAGUGCUGUAAAAAAAACUUAGACUUUAUACCUCGUAUGUGAAUUCUUAUACCUAUACAUGGCUUUAUCUUUGUAAAUAUUUUGUUGUGAAAAAGUUUAUAAUAUGUAGUAGGACUACUAACUGGAGUUGUUUAUUUAUUUUCAGCAUUUGAGAAAUGCUAAAUAUGUAGGUAUACAUUUUGUUUAUGUAAUUUGUAUUUUAAUGACUAGAGCACAAUGAGUUAAAACUCUACGUACUAUAUAAUGUAUUUUUUUAUUUAAAUGAGAUAGAUUGUUUGAAUGGACAUGAAUGAAUUUAAGAAAUGAGUAUUUUAGAGCUGUAAAUCGUUUAGGUAGUAAUAGUAGAAAAGUUUCAAAAAAAUAGCCCAUGAUCCACCUUUUGACAAUGGGGUUUCCUCAGCAUUUUUGAAAGUUUGACAUUUAAAGGAAAUAAGCUACAAAAUACAAAACAAAUCAGAUAACAUUCCAUACUCUCAUUAGAUAAACCUUUUAUUUAGUUUCUUACAACAUCCUUAGCAUAAUUGUAUAGUUGGAUAUAUUGAUAAAAUUGACCUGUGUAAUGAUGUUUAAACAUCUGCUUAAAUGAAUGGUAUCAUUUAAUGAUAGCUUUGUAUAAUAAUUAUAUUUGUGAAAUGUUUCUAUGUUUAUCAUGUUUGGUUUAUUAUAUUCAGUAUUAUUGUGUUACGCCAUUAUACUUUGGUGGACAGAAGAAAAAUAAUUAAGUUCAAAACAGUCUAAUAUAAAAAUAGUGCUUUAAUCGUGCUGUGAGUAAAUGAGCAAUUUAAGAUUGCUACUAGAAAAUCAGGUUUAGGCCUUAAGUUAGUUGGUAACUUUUCCUUUUAGGGAAGUCAAUACAUAGACUAAAAAAAUAAGUAGAGGACAAACUAGUUUAGAUAACGAUGUAUUCAAAUUUGUUUGUUAUAAUGAUUUUUUUAAUUCAUUAAUCAGCGGUGUGGCAUUAUUUAAAUAAAACUUAAAAAUAAUCAAUUGUGAAAAUAAUAAUUUAUAGUGAUUUAUUUAGAAACAAUACAAUGAAAUCUGUGUUUGUAUCAAAGCUGUCAAAUUAUUUUAGUUUAAUGUAUAAGGUAUGAUCAUGAAUGAGUUCACAGAAUAUGUUAUUUCGGGUGUUGCAGAAUAUUUUUCUUGAGGAUUUGUGAAUAUCAAGUAUCUAUCCAAAAACCUUAAAAACACACAAGAUGCAAACAUUUUUUUCUACCUGUUAAUUUGGUUUUUGACCACUGUCAACUUUUCAUUUAGCUUGUUGACUCCAUUUCAUUUGUAGUGUUAUAAGCCUCCCCUAAAAUCUAACUUUUUUGUUUUUCAAAUUUUGAAUUGUCUAUUUGAUAUGCCUUUCCUUCAGAUUGCAGUAAUUCUUAAUCAAAGUGGGUAAAAUUUCAAAAAGUGCCUUUCUAUGCGCAAAAUUAAUCCUGUGUAGGAAUGUGGAAAAUUCUUUCAUACUGUUAUAAUUUAGUGUAAUGAAUAUCUUUUUUCUAUUGUAAAGUAACAUUUAAUUGUCUUGUUAUUUAUUUUUAGAGUUUAAGAUAUUAAACUUAAUGCAAGUUAUCUAUUUAAAGUUCAAAGAAACUCCAUAUGGAUUUAAAGUUAACAUUUUUGUUUGGGUAUUUUGUUGUAAAAUGUUAUUGAUUUCGUUCUAUAUUGUUAAUCAGUGCUCGAUUUGCGGAAGAAUGCGGUUAAUAUUUAAUAACGGCGUCGGGAGUUCCGGUACCUCUCUUUUGGGAAGAUAAAAAUAUUGACAUAAAUAGGUACAAAUCACAUUAUAAAUAAGUCACAGUUCGGGCACCUCAUUUUUUUUUAUCGAACACUGCUGUUAAUUGAUUGUUGUAGUUUCAAAUAUCAUAAAACAGUUAAAACUCCCGUUGUGAAUUUGCCUUUAUUUUGUGAAAAAUUAUACUGUUACAGUAUUCUCGAGCUGUAGUACAGGAUUGUUAUAGAGACCAGAUACAGUAUAACCAUUGUUAUUGUUGGUAGCCUACUAUUCAAAACAAACUCUGACAAAUAUGUUGUAUAUGAAAGGUAAAUUACAUUGGUUUUGCACUUUUUUGACUAAUUAAAGUGUUUUUUUUCAUUUAUAAAUUAUAAAUACAAUACUAUAAAUAUUGUAAAAAGUAAAUAGUUUUUAAAACACUUCCAAUACCUACGUGGCUUUCACAUUGUUUAAAUAUAUAGUAACUCAUUUCGAGUGCCCAAUAUCAGCUAAAUAUUUUUGUAAAUUUAAUAGUGAGCAUAUAAACUGUACCAGUACCAGAUUAUAUUUGAGAUUAUUUUAGAUUACUGUAUUCUUAAAAACGACCGUUACAUGAGUAAUACUUUUAAUACAGUAACCAACAAUUUUCAAACCUUUUUCUAAAUCGUUGGAGAGAGAGCAAAAUGUCCUCUCUUGUUUUUUCCAAAUUAUACCAUGAUCCAAAAGAAUGACACACAUGGUUUGAAAAAAAUCCAGAGAAUCCUGUUCACCCCCACUCAGCAUUGCCUAAAUAAAACAACCUAACCAAGAAUACACAGAGAUUCUAAAAUUUGCAUGACAGCUUAAACCCCCCCCCCUCCUCUUCUACCGUUAUUAAUGCUAAUUGCAAUGUUAGAGGGAGCAAGCUGGUAUAAUGGUAGAGCAUUAAAAAUGGGCUUCAGUUCCUGAGGUCCCAGGUCCAAAUCAUGUGAAUUACCAAUGCCUGUUAGCUGUGUGAUAGCGAGAUCCAGUCUGAGUAAAGUUUAAAACAGUCUCAGGAUUGAUGUAUUUGAACAUUGCGUUCUAGCCUGGGAACCAUUGUUGGAUACUUGUUUACAUAAGUAUAGUUCUUAAUUUUGAGUUAAAUAAGAUUUGUGUUUUACAUUAUAUUAUAAAUGCUCUUGUUGUAUAUGUAAAUAGUGAUCUCAAUAUUGACCGCACUGUACAAAUUAUAUAUAUAUCGAAAAUC